AUGACAAGCAGUGAGGGAAGCCGUGCUUCGCAAAGGAGAAUGGUUGAGGGUGAAUCAAGCAAUGCAAUGGAAAGGAGGCUGAAAUUGCAAGCCGAUUUGGAAGGGAUGAAUCAAAGGAUUGAAGAUUCUGAGGCAGAGAGGUAUGUCUACUCUGAAUUGGAAUCUGAGAGCGAGAGAUUGAGGGAAGAAAGGAGGACCAAGAAGAGGAAUGACCCCAUUAGUAGUGAGAGCGAGCAAGGAGAGUUUGAGAUUGGGGUGAACAUUGGAAGAGAAGAGGUGAUGAUUCUGAAAGUGAAGAAGAAGGAGAUGAGGUCAAUCAAGAGGUUGAUAAAGUGGCCAUGA